AUGAAGAAAAAGAUAUUGGUUUUCAACCGCAUCACAGGCUAUGCGAAUCCUCAAAACAUGCUAGCUCUAUUAGGUGGUUCACAAGAAAGCAAGUCCACACUCCUGAAAUGCUUGGCAGGGAGGAUACCUUCAAGUCCCUACCUCCAAGGUGACCUGCGGGCAAAUGAUGUCAUACCUGGAGAAACUUUCUUCAGACUAAUAGGCUAUGUUGAGAUGGUUGACGCACACCAGCCGUAUCUCUCUGUCCGUGAAUCUCUUCAAUUCAGUGCAGCACUUAGACUAAACAGAGAAAUAGACACCAGAAGCCGUCAUAUCCAUGUUGAGUUAGUUCUGGAUCAACUUGGUUUAUUGCCUUACUCUAACCAACUUGUUGGUUCACUUCGUGAUGCUACAGGGAGAACAUUUGAGAUAGCCAAGAAGAUGACAAUUGGAGUAGAGCUUGCCGCAAACCCAAGUAUUCUUUUCCUGGAGGAGCCAAUAUAUGGACUAGAUAGUGCAGGGAUCUCGAGUAUCCUCGCCAUUCUUUCGGGAUUGUCAGCUUCUGGUCUGAAUAUAAUUGCAACCCUCACACACGCAACUGUUCGAUCACUUUCUUUCUUUGAUCAAGCUCUAAUUCUAACAAGAGAAGGAGAACAAGCCUAUUUUGGCCCAAUCGGACCAAACUGUGAGGAUUUGCUAAAUUAUUUUUCACCGAUCCCAAGCUCCCCCAGAAAGCUAACUGGAGAAAGUCCCAUUAGCUUGGUAAUGGGAUAUUUAGGACAAGGCAUUAAAAGUAGGGGAACUCCAUCCAUAAACUUUGCAGACAAGUAUAGAGCUAGCUCCCUGCAUAAGCAGGUGAAUGAAGAGAUUGCCGCAAUAAAGAAUCUACGCAAAGUUAGAGUACCCAAAAAGACUGCCCCAGCCUACCCAGCUCCAUAUUCACGCCAAGCAGGUCAGGUGCUCUUGAGAACACAAAGGUUCUUAUGGAGAAACGUGCAAUACACAUAUGGCAGGCUUACGGGGUGCAUCAUGAUAGGUUUCUUAAUGGGCUCCCUAUACUAUCAGAUCAAAUACUCGGACCUAUAUGGUGUGACAUCAAGAUCACUCUACAUAUACAUGCAAGUUAUCCUAAUUGGAGUAAUCGCCGCAAACAACGUAAUCCCACAGAUUGGUACGGACAGACUCGUUUAUUUGAGGGAGAAAAGGGCAGGAAUGUAUCUGCCAAUAUUCUAUCCGUUAUCGUGGGCAGUGGGUGAGAUUCCAUACUUGUUCAUCGUAACGCUUGCAAUGGUAGGUAUUGGAAAUGGCUUGGCAGGAAUUGGAACAAGAUCAGUACCAGAAUUCCUAGAAUAUUGGCUUGUGCUCUGUGUAUUCACUUUGUGUGUCACGUACUUUGGUAUGAUGGUGACUUUCCUAGCCCCACUGCCGAUAUUUGCAGCAUUUCUGGUUUCAAUCCUAACUUCACUCUGGGUGUCAGCUUCUGGAGUAGUUGUCGUGCUGUCGAACAUUAAGUUCUACCGUUGGAUGUACUGGACCAACCCUUUUCAAUAUGCAAUGAAUGCAUUGACUUCAAUCAGUUUUUACUGCAACCCGAAGACGUGUGCAUCAGAUUGCAGCUGCAAAAGGCUCCCAGAUGGCUCCUAUGUGUGGGAUCGGUUGGCAAACUCGCGAGCGCUAAGCCACACAAGGAUAAAUACGGACAUACUCAUCUUAUCAGCCAUGGGCGUUCUGUUUGCCAGCCUAGCCUUGCUCUUCUUUUCCAUGUUGAGACACAACAAAAAUCCUUCUGAAUAG